AUGGCUGCCAUCUUCCUCCUCCUCUUCUCCCUGCUCACCUUCACCGGGGAUGUCCUCUCCACCACCACUCCCUACCUCUCAUCUGAAACCCUCUUUUCCAAUUACGACAAGAUGCUCGACUCUUUCAAAAUCUUCAUCUACCCUACACCACCCAUCACCGAAGGCACUAUCUUCACCACCACACAAGAGUCCCAAUUCUACACAUCCCUCCUCCGCAGUCCUUUCGUGACCGAAGAUCCUAGCCAGGCUCACCUCUUCUUAAUCCCCUUCCCUUCAUCUCUCUCAACGCGCAAUCUCGCACGUCUGAUCAGAAACAUUCGUGGUAAUUACCCUUUCUGGAACCGCACACUAGGUGCCGAUCACUUUUACCUCUCAGCCGCCGGCGUUGACUCGUCGUCAGACAGAAACAUCGUCGAAUUGAAGAAGAAUUCUAUUCAGAUCUCUUGUUUCCCGACGUCUUCCGGUUUGUUCAUCCCGCACAAGGACAUAACGCUCCCACCGGUGCAUCCGUUCAAAGCAAAAUCGUCGGUCAACAACACGCUGUCGUUUCUCGGUUACAUAAAACCAAGCGGGAGAAGUUCGUCAACUUUAAUUGAAGAAAUUAAGAAGCAUCCGGAGUUCAAGGUUGAAUCGGAGCCGGGGAACAGAACGAGGGAAUUCAUAAAGAGUAGCAGAUUCUGUUUAUUUCUGUACGGCGACGACAUGACGUGGAUGGUGGAAGCGAUGGCUUUACAGUGUGUGCCGGUGGUGAUUACCGAUCGUCCGAUUCAGGAUCUGCCGUUGAUGGACGUGAUGAAGUGGUCGGAGAUGGCAGUGUUUGUGAGUUCAAGUGGUGGCGCAAAGGGACUGAGAAAGGUGUUGGACGUAAUAGAGUUAAGCCGGUAUGAGAAGAUGAAGGAAUCUGCUGUAGCGGCAACACAACAUUUAGCAUGGAACGCGGAGCCGCAACCGCACGAUGCCUUUCACAUGAUUAUUUAUCAGCUGUGGCUGAGACGGCAUACGAUUAGAUACGCCAGAUGGGUUGAACAGUAG